AUGGAUCAAUCGACUCCCUCGCAGAUAGAGGACCACCUUCUCUUAUCCUUAUCCCCCUCACUGAGACUGGGCAAUGCCUCGCACCACAGCGCCAGCCAAUCCAAAGCCUUCCCUGACUGUGAGAACCCGCCCCUGCAGGURAGAGAUAACCAGGGGACUAUGACUGACAAUUUGAGUGGCCAAUGGGCUGAGUCCAAAACAAGUAUAGAUCAAAACAUGAUUGGAACAGAUUCAGUAGAGAACCAAGGAGGUUCUCAAAGAACGCAUAACCAGAAGGACGUGAAGGAGAAAGCUGUGGAAAGACAAAGUGUAGGAAGGACAGCAGCAGACACGGAGCACCAAUACUAUCUGAGCACCAAUACUGUUCCUCAAACUGCUGAACAAGAAACGGCACCAUCAGCCAGCCAACAAGCUGCCUCAGCCUCCACCUCAGUCCCUGCCCAGGACACCACGUCAGCCUCCACCCCAGUCUCUGCCCAGGACACCACCUCAGCCUCCACCUCAGUCUCUGCCCAGGACACCACCUCAGCCUCCACCUCAGUCUCUGCCCAGGACACCACCUCAGCCUCCACUUCAGUCUCUGCCCAGGACACCACCUCAACAUCCACCUCGAGCACCAUAUCAGCCUCCUCCGGUGUGUCACCAGAGCAGCCGCGGCGGCGCGUGGCCCACAGGUGCCCCCAAUGUGGCCGUUGUUUCAUCUACCGCUAUAAGAUGCUGGAGCACCAGAGACUCCACACAGGGGAGAACCCUUACAAGUGUUCCCAGUGCGGUAAGACCUUCAGACGGUCCUCGGAGAUGUCCACCCAUCGCCGGACACAGUGCUCCAACGCUGCCUAUGUCUGUAUUAAAUGCGGAAGCAGUUUUGGGUCGGUCAGYGAGAGGGUCAGCCACCGGUGUUGUGGUAGCAAAGCGCCACCGCCCAAGUUUGAAUGUCCACAGUGUGGGAAGAACUUCAAGUGGCACAACUCGUUAAAGAAACACCUGGUAACCCACACCAGGAAGAAGGGCUUCAAUUGCAGGUACUGUGGUGAGGGGCCGUUCCCAGGUAUAGCUGAGCUGAGGACCCACCAGAAGAUCCAUGAUGGAGAAGAGAAGAAGCCUACACAGUGUGAAAUCUCCCAGGGCUGGCUACAUGGCCACGAGCAGCGCCACUCCCAAGAGAGGUCCAAGAUCUGCCCCAGCUGUGGAAAGGCCUUCCGSUGRAAAGGYGACCUGAAGCUCCACAUGCGGACCCACACCGGCGAGAGGCCGUACCAGUGUACCUACUGCACCAAGCGGUUCUCCGUCAACGGAAACCUGACGAUACACAUCAGGACUCACACGGGCGAGAAACCUUUCCUCUGCUCUGACUGCGGCAAGGCCUUCUGCUCUGCAGGAGAGCUGCAGAUCCACAGGAGAACACACACCGGGGAGAGACCGUACAAAUGCACCGUCUGUGAGAAAGGUUUCACCAUGGCCAGUCAGGUGACUCUUCACAUGCGGGUACACACGGGGGAGCGACCCUACGUGUGUCACGAGUGUGGAAAGGCAUUUCGUCGCGGGGCGGAGUUGAAGACACACAUCCUGAAUCACAGUGGGGUGAGACCAUACCCCUGUCGGCUCUGUUCUAAGACCUACACCUGCCUUAGUCACCUGAAGAGACAUCUGAAGACUCACGGGGACCAGGCCGUGGAUAUGAGCAGUGAUUUGUCUGUAUCUGCUGUAUAAUAAACCAGUUGAAGACUCACGGGGACCAGGCCGUGGAUAUGAGCAGUGAUUUGUCUGUAUCUGCUGUAUAAUAAACCAUCUGAAGACUCACAGGGCCCAGUCAGUGGAUAUGAGCAGUGAUUUGUCUGUAUCUGCUGUAUAAUAAACCAGUUGAAGACUCACAGGGCCCAGUCAGUGGAUAUGAGCAGUGAUUUGUCUGUAUCUGCUGUAUAAUAAACCAGUUGAAAAGAAAACACUUACCUUUUAACACUGUUGUCAAUAUAAAAAGGUGCAUAUUUCAUUUUCUGACGGCUGCUUAUGCUAAUUCUAUUAAGAGGUAGUUGACUGAACUCCGUAAGGAUCGUCGCCAUGUUUGCUUAUUGCUACUAUCAGGACU